AUGGAGAAACUGCCGGGCCAACCUCUAUGUAGUAGUUCCCUUUGGCCACAUCCACAUCGAGGGGCAGGUCCGGCCCAGCCAACAGAGCGGUUGGUUGGGCCCUGGAGUCUUCAGGAGCUACGUUGGUUGGCCACACAGCUGGAGAAGCUGAGUCAGCAGCAGUCAGCCGGCCCUGCCUGGUUAACUGAGCACCAUACCUGGCACCAGGAGCAGCUGGCGUUGCUGCGCACCCGCAUGGAACGCGGUGAGGUGCCAGCGCUGCCGGCAGAGCUCAAAGAGGGCCUGGAGUUUUACCUCUCUCAGUUCGAAGAUGGGCAGAGCGUCUCAGAAGAGGAGUUCUACAUUGACCCAGAGCUUUACACUGAGCUUUUAGCCCCCGCGCCGGAAGAAGUUCCAGUGCCCUACGAGCGGCCAAGAGCCACCGAAGAGGAGCUUGAAACGGUGCAGCGGCUGAAAGAUUGGAGCGACACCACGCCGCAGGGUUUGGCAAAGGUGAAGAAGCUGCUGGAGGCGAAUGCCACGUCAGCCGAGGUUCAGGAGGCCGGCAUCACUCGCUUGGGCGGCUUGCUGGCCGAGGCCAAAGGCACUGGUAGCGCUCUCCCCAGCAGCUGUGGCUUGACACCCAGUGCCAUGUGCCCAGUGGUCAUGGAGGCGGUGUGCUUGGGUGCGGGACUGGGACUCCUUGGUGUUCGCUUCGGUUGA